AUGUACCGAGAAGCCGAGCAUAUCAUUGCGACCCUUGGGCGCGACUGGGCAGCAGUCUUUGGGGGCAAUAACCACGAUCACCAUACGGGCGAGAACACCAUAUCUAGAUACGUUCACUGCUUAAUUUUGCCUGAGGCGAGACCAGAUCGUUUCGAGCACACGGUCUGGUUUUCCGAGUUCUUCAUCCUUGUGGACGAGAACACUGAGAACCUUACUCGCGAGAUGGCCCGCACAAACCUAAACCCCAAGCUUGCGAAGAUCUUGGCGGAUAGGGGCCAGAAGGAUCCCGAGUCUGCUGUGGAAAAGCUCCUCGUGCCACCUAUCAGAAACCCUCUUAGAAAGGGUUCUAUCCGUGGAUGUCGUGUGUUAAAUGCGUGGCAGUAUUGGCUUCUUAAUGUCGAUGCCAAAGGUCUGGAGGAUUCUGACACACUUGAAGACUAUGAAGAGUUUAGAAUCAUUAACUGCGGGUUGAUGCCCUACACUUACAUGGUGGAAUAUGCCAUGGAGCCGACCCUAACGGACACCAAGAGACAAGAUGCAAAGAAGCUCGAGCGCCUUGCUUUCAAAUGUAUCGGGCAAAGGGUCAUGAAUGCCAUCCUCGUCGCAAUGAAGACGAAGAGUCUCACUACGCAUCAGGCGAUAAUCCUAGUCAAGAACCGAGUGAUGCAGUUUCAACAAGAUCUCUUGGCCAUGCGUGAUGAAAUUUUGUCAGCCUCGGCAGUUUCUGAUGAUAUGCGUAAAUAUGUAAAUGGUUAUCUCUGGAUUGUGUCGGGCAAUGAGCUUUGGCAGUCUACCUGUCCGCGGUAUCACCACCAGCUGCAUGUUGAGCUAUAG